AUGGUGCCCAAAGCAAUGCUUUCGUAUCCUCAGGCCCGUCGCGGGCAGGAAGUUGAGGACCACUUCGGCACGAGCGUAGCAGACCCUUACCGAUGGCUUGAAGACCCGGAAAGCGAGGAAACAAAGGCAUUUGUAGCAGCUGAGAAUGAAGUAUCGGAGAAGUACUUGAAUACGCCGAUUCGAGACCAAAUCCUGAAGGCGCUCACCAAGUUCCAGGACUACCCCAAGUUUGGAACUCCCUUCAAAGAAGGCGAUUUCUGGUACUCCUGGCGGAACGCUGGGCUGCAGAAUCAAUCGAUCCUGCACCGUCACACGGACAAGAAGGGGGAGAGCAGUGAAGUGUUCCUCGACCCCAACUCAUGGACUGAAGACGGCACUGCGUCUGUGGGGUCGUUCAAGUUUACAGCAGACGGGUCGCUGAUGGCUUACGCCCGGGGUGACAAGGGAAGCGACUGGCGAACAAUUUAUAUUGUGGAUGUUGCAACUGGAAAAACACUAGAAGAUCGAUUGCAUCACGCCAAGUUUACGAGUUUGCAGUGGGUUGGCAACAAAUAUUUGUUUUACAAUCGAUAUGAUGUACCCGAAGGUGCAGAUGCAAAUGGCUUAGAGAAUACACAAAAUGAAUUCCAGAAGCUCUACUGUCACGAAGUUGGCACCCCCCAGACUCAGGACGUCUUGGUGCUUGAAUUCCCAACUGAACCGACAUGGAUGGCCCAUGCGACUGUGACAGAUGAUGAGAAGUUUGUCGUCGCCAGCAUCUCUCGAAGCUGCGAGCCGACAAACAAAUUGUGGAUAGCCGCGCUGCCUGCCGCCGGUGCGCCAAUCUCGGCGUUUAAGGAGCUGCAAUGGGUGAAGGUGGCUGACGACUUUGAGGCCGGCUUUGAAUAUGUAGCCAACGAUGAAGGCGUUUUCCUCUUCACGACGAACCGGGACGCCCCCAAGAACAAAAUAGUUAAAGUAGAUAUCGCAAAACCAGUCGAAGUCGUGGACUGA